AUGGCAAACGUAAUAAUGGACGUUUUCAAACAGGUAGCCAUAAAUUAUACCAAGAAUAAAUAUGUGAAAGGGAUUCAAAAUAUAAUUUUCGAAAGUUUUAAACAUAUUAUCAUUGAAGAGUUAGAGCUAAACAAGUUUUGCAUAAGCAUAUUCAGCGAUUACAUUAAAAAUAAUGUAGACUUAAAAUUAAAUGGAACAAAUAAAUUUACUGACUAUUUAACUUAUUUACAUUCAUUAAGUGAUAAAAAAAAAGAAUUACAAUUUAAUUUAUUUUAUUGCGAUAAAAUAGAAAUAGAUUGGGAUGGAAAUAACGAUGCAUAUUUUUAUGAUGGUCUUUUGCUAAGCAUCGAAAAUGUUUACAUACUCCUUAACGUUGUCAAUAAAGAGAUCAGCGAGGGUGUAGGUGAAGAAGUUGUCGAAGCUAGCGAAGUUGUCGAAGCUAGCGAGCAGCAUGAUAAGCAAGAUAGUGAACAAGAUAGUGAACAAGCUAGUGAACAAGCUAGUGAAAAAUGUACUGAAGAGCCUCCCGGAAAAACUCCAGACCAACUUGGUGAAGAGGACUGGGUCGGGAUGCUGAUGUUCUUCGCAGUUGUGUGCCUCAACUUUUUAAAGGAUGCGAUUGUUGAAGUAGCAAGGUGCAUGUACUAUUUAACAAUUUUAUUAGUGAAUAGUAUAUCAUAUGGAAAUAUAUUUAAAAAAUUAUUUUUAAAAGUGAUUUUAGAAAAUUUAUUAUCAAUAAAUAUAAAAAAUAUGAAUAUAAUAUUUGAAGAUAAAAUUGGUAGGUGUGAAAAGAAUAUAUUUUUAUCUAUACAUCUACAAAAUUUAAGUAUAGAUAAUUAUAAUUAUAUAAAAAAUAAAAAAAAUAAAAUAAAAGAACCAAUAAAUGAAAGAUUCAAUAAAAAUUUAAAUGGUUAUUAUAAUUAUGGAAAAAUAAAUAAUUUAAAUAAAAUACAAAUUAAUGAUAAUGAAGAAUAUUUAAAAUUUUCACUUACAAGUUUUACAAUCUAUUACGAUUUAAGAGGUCAUUUAAUUAGUGAUACAGAUAUUGAUUUAGAUAAAAAUAAAUUUAUAUUUUUUUAUAAUUAUAAUAUAAAUUUUAUGCAUAAAAGAAAUUGUUUAGUUGAUGAUACAAAUUUUACUUGUAUCGUUUCAAAGAAUGUUAAAAAUGAUGAGAAUUUUACAAUUGAUUUGGUCGUAUCUUCUUUUAAAAUAAAUUUUAUGUACGAUAAGUUUUAUGAUUUAUUUUUGCUUAUCUAUAAAUAUGUUUAUUUAAUUAGCAAUAAUAAUUAUCCAAGGAAUGAAGGGGAAAAAAAAAAUAACAGACUAGCUAAACAUGGUUACCUUUCGAAAACAACAUCAAGCAUAGAAUUUAAUGUAAAUAUAGAUAUGUUUAAAAUAGUUUUAUGUUACAACUAUAAUAAUAAUAUACAAAUAAUUUUAAAGGAUAUUAAUUUUUUAUUAUUUUUUUUGAAGAAGGGAUGGAAAAAAAAAAAAAAAAAUAGACACACAUGGGAAACUAACACAAACCCAAUAGUGUCUAGUUCGUACAUUUUAAAAGAUUUUAUUUUUUUUAUUGAAUCAUUUACCUUUGAAGAAACAUAUUCUAAGUUAUCACUAACUAUAAAUAAAACAAAGGAAGAAUAUAUUUAUAUGAGUAAAAGAAAUAUGAACAUUAAACGCAUUCAAUAUAAUUCAAAUUGUGAGAAAGAUUUAUUAGAGGAUUGCAAUUUAGAAAGUAAACUAAAUAGAUAUAUAAAUGUAAUUCCAAAUCGAGAUUGUAAAAAAAAUAAAAAUGAAAAUGCUUGUCAUAACUUAGUAUGGGGUGACAAUAAUCGAAGAGAUGUACACGAUAAAACAUAUUUAGAACAAAAUAAAAAAUACUCUUUUUAUUUUCGUAUAUAUAAAAAGGAAAAGGGAAUAAAUAAUUGUUACAUAAAUAAUAUAUAUGUUUAUAUUGAAAAUGUGUACCUUAAAAUAAAAGAUUUGAAUAAUAUAUACUCGUUAAUAAAUAAUAUCCCAGACAAGUUUUUUUUCAUCUUCUACUACAUCGUUAGUCCGCCUGACAAUUCAAGGGGUGAGGUAGCCAAUGGCCAUGCGACAAAAUCUAAUAAGGUUAGUAAAUCUAAGAAGAUUGAUAAGUUUGACAAAAUUAAGAAAAGAUACAGACUGACGCACCGACGCAGUGACACAUGCCUGAAUGUUAGACUGAACUUUAUCGGGAUCGAGUUAAAAAAUAAAAACAUGGGUAGUCUUUUUUUUUGUAUGGAUAAUUUUGGAUUAUAUAAUGGGUAUAGUAAAUCUGUUCCUUAUAAACGCCAUAAUUCGGGUUUAAAUUUUUUCAAAAAAAAAAAAAUAUCAUUUUGUAAAGUAACAAAUAUAUAUUCAUAUAUACAAUGUGAUAAAAAGAUUACACAUGUUCUUUUUUAUCCAUUUAAUUUAUUUUUUACAAUCCAUAAUAAAUUGAAAAACAAAAUGAAGGUAGAGAUAUUAUCUCUAGUCAUAGAACUUAACAAGAAUGUACUUCAAAUUGUUAAAGACAUUUUUUGCAUUUCCGAUAAUGAAGAAAAUACUAUUGAUAUAUUUUAUGACUGUGAAGAGAGAAGAAAAAAAAAUAAAGAACAAAUAUAUACUAGUUAUAGCACAUCAAAUAAUAAAUUGUCAAAUAUUAUUCAUAAAAAAGAUGUAAAAUUUAGUAAUGAACUUAAUGGGAAUGAUACUUUUGUAACUCUCUCUAACGAAUUAAAUAUUCUGUUUAGUUGUAUAGACACAUUUUUUGAUAUAAUUGAUUUCGAAGAAAAUAAUAAAGAAGAUGAGAAAUAUGAUAUUAGUUCAUCUUUUAGUAUAACAUCGGUUCUUAACUUAGUGAAAAAUGUAAAUAUAUUUCUUUCUCUUCAACAUAUAUAUAUUUAUUAUUUUUUUAAUAACAAUUUGGAUGAACUAGAAAAAAGAGGAAGUAACAAAAUUGGGUUAGACAAAACUAUAAAUUUAAAACGGAUAAAAAAGAAAAAUACAAACAUGAUAUCCUUUUUUAAUAACACAAGAGCAAACACUAUCGAAGGUUUAUCCAGCCUAGCCAGUCUGACCAGUGCAAAUGCUAACAAACAUGUGCCAACAAAAAUAAUGGACGUGUUCUACAUAAAAUGGGAAUUAAAAAAUGUAAACUUUUUUUUUAAUGUAAAACAAAAUUAUGUGAAAAAUAAAAGUUCAGAGAAAUAUUCAAUUUCAAGUAAAUUUAAAAUUUCAACUUUUCAAACUUUAUAUAAUUUUUAUUUUACUCCAAUCAAUUUAGAAACAUUGGUAAUGAAUGGCUUAUGUGUAUAUAUUUUAAAAGACUCCAGUUUUGAGAAGGAAAUAAUAAAAAUGGAAAAUUCAAAAAAACAUAAAAAAUCAAUGCUUGUUUUAAACAAAUGCAUGUUAGAAUAUAUCGAUAAGGAAAAGACAUUGAUAAGUAGACAUAAAUGGAUAAUUAAUUUGACUAAUCUGAAUAUAUUUAUAUACGAUUUUUUUGCUAAUAUAUUUUAUUAUAUAUAUAGAAAUCGUAACACAACAGUAUUUGACAAAGUACAUAUAAAAGAUAAUAAAAAAAUGACAUCAAAUAGUUUAGCCCCUAAAAUAAUAGACGAAUCAAGUUAUACAAAAAUGUUGAAACGUAUAAGCAUAUGUAAUGAAUUGUUAAUUGCAAAAAAUGUGUUUAAAAUUAAUAUUUUUUUUGCAAUUAAAAAGACAAAUAUUUUUUUCGUUUUUUAUAAUAAAAUAAAUGAAAAUAAAACUGAUUUCAAUUAUGGCAAUUAUGACAACUUAUCAAAAUAUUACAACACACAUUUGAGUUUGCAAAUAAAUAGUUUUUAUACGAAACUAAAAAGUGAAGUUACCCACAUUCAAUUGAAAGAUAAUUCGCUAAAUUUCUUGCAUAAUAAUGUACCUUCUUUUACUUCAAACAAUUUAAGCAAUAUACAAAGUUAUUUUCAUAUAUGUAAGCCGAGAGUUGUUAUUUCUUUCAACAGAAUUUCCCUUACCAUGUCUAACCGUUUGAUACAUGGCUUAGGUGGGAAAAAUGAAAAAAGGACUUGCGUAGUUACAAAAUAUGAACAUAGGAUGGAAAAAUUGGAAAAAAUAAAAGAAAAAGUUUUAAUAAAAAUAGAUGAUAUAAAUAUAAAAAUGUUAAAUUUAUAUAAUUCGAUAUUAUUUAUAAAUUUACAUAAAAUAACAUUAUUUAAUUAUUUAAAUUUUAUUGAAACAUUAAAUAUAUAUUUACAAUUGUUUUCAAAAACACUUAAAAGCUCAUUCUUUGCAAAAUAUUUCCCUAUUCCCAAUUUGGAAACCCAGAACGAAUAUAUGAUUGAGCUUGGUAUGACAGAUAAACAAAUAAGCCAAUUUAAAAGUUGUAAUAAAUCAACUGAUGUAGAAAAUGAUGAGAUGGUGAUAGAUAAAAACAUAUGUAAUGACAACAUAACUAACAAUACAUGCAUUGAAAUGGUUUAUAAAAUGUGUAUAUUUAAAAAGAUUGUAUGCUGUGUAAGUAUGAUAAAAUAUUGUUAUACAUUUUUUCCUUCUAAUGUAAAUAGUGAUAGGAAAAAGAGUAAAAAAGAAAUAUUUAGUUUGAAAAUAAAAAAAAUAGAAUUAAUAUUAAAAAGGGAUUAUAUACAAAAUUUAAAUAAAUAUAUAUCAUAUUUUAAGUAUAAUAUGUAUAUAAAAAUAUAUGGGGUUAAUAUAUUUAUAAAAAAAUUAAAAAAAAAAUAUAUUCUUUUAUAUUCAAACUUGUUACUCUUUAUUAAUCAAAUCAAUGGAUAUGCUCCAAGAGAUGAUAUCUCUUAUCAGUUUGAAAGAUAUAAAAUAAAAAACAGAAAAAGUAAUGAUAAAUCAUAUGCAUUGUAUAAAAAUAGUAAGCUAAAAUAUAUUCGUUGGAAAAAUAGCUCUAUACCAUUAUUUUUUAAAAUUAAUAGACAAGUAAAACGAAAAAUAUGGCAUAUAAAUUUUAUAAAAAAAAAUAAUAGCAUAUCAAAUAAUUUACAAACUAUGAGAAGAACAGGCAAUAAACUUCCAAUCAAUGCAAAAUUCGAAUUUAAAUCAUAUGAAAAUAAAAAUAGAGAAAAUGAAUCUGCAUUUUAUAUAUUUUUAAAUGAAGAAACUAUUCUUUCUUUAGUUAAUAUAUAUGUAAAUGUUGUUAAUUUAUUUGAAGGUUUGAAAAAAAUUCCAAACAUGUGGAUGGAGUAUAAUGGGGAAGUAAACAAAAACGAAAUGUGUUUGAAAAAGAAUAGAGAAAUAGAAAAAUUUAAUCAAAUUGAAAAGAGUUAUAGAGACUAUGAAGAAGGUGAUAAAACAGAGUCUGUUUCAUUUUUACAAUGCUUAGAGAGCUUAAAAAUAAAAGUAAAAAAUAUAUUUUUUUUAUUUUAUGAAUAUAAUAUGAAGAUGUUUAUAGGUUUUUAUUUGAAAGAAAUAAAUAAUAUAUUAUAUAUUGAUCAGUUAAAAAAAAAAAAAAAUAAAAACGAAUGUCAAUACCACUUUAAAUAUAUACACAAAUUAACAGAUUCAGUUCUGUUUACUAAUAAUAUUUAUUUUAAUUCGAAUAAGAAUAUUUAUAUUUUUGAAAUUUUCAAUAAUUUAGUAAAUAAAAAUAAUUUAACCUAUUUAAAGGGUAUGUUCUAUUUUUUAAAGAAACAAAAGAUAGAUCCAAGCUCGCUAUUUUUAAAAAAAAAAAAAUUAAUCAAUAAUCUGAAAAAGAAAAGACACAAAGAAUAUAAUGAGAAAAACAACAAAAUACAAAAUCUAGCUAUUUGGUGGGACAAACAACUAAAAAUAGAAAAUAAAAAAUAUCAAACUUUAAAAAAUAAUAAAAUAAUUAAAACAGAAUUAUCAUCUUUUAUGAAUGGAAAUUUGUUACUUCAUAAAAUUAUCAGAUUGGAUAAGAAAAGAAAUAUUUUCACUGAAUUAGAUAUAGCUAAUGAAAAGUCUAACAAAAUUAAUAAAAAUAAAAUGAUAGUUUUUGUAAAAUAUUAUUUAAAAAAUAAAAAUACUUUCAUUCAUAUAGAAACAAAAUCCACAUUUAAUAAUAUAUCCAUAUAUUGUCCAUUAUAUGCCAUUAUAGAAUUAAAUAAAAUGAUAGACACAUUAAGACUUCCUCUUAUUUAUAGAUUAUAUUUAUCUACCAUUACAAAUUCUCAAAACUACGAUAACAAUUAUAAUGUAAAACAAAACAAAUGUGACAUUUCUUUCGAUUUUAAAGUUUAUUUUGCAAAUUUUAAAAUAUAUUUUUUAUCAGCAUGCACAUAUUCAAUCACAAACAUUAAAGAGAAUGACCUCACAAAAAAUGAAAUCGAAUUUAUAGAUGAAGCUAGAAAAAAUAAUAAAGGGGAUAAUAUUCUGAACAUUCAGAAAUCUGAUAUUAAUAGUAAUAGUGCUAUUUUUGAGAGAAAGUUGGAAAAAUCAAAAAAAAAAGAAAAAGGAAAAAACCAAAACAGUGCUGCAACAAAAUACCACCAUUUAGAUAGUAGUCUCAAACAAAGGGACGUGAAAAAAAAUAAAAAUGAAGUGGACGAAGAAAACAAGCUGGAAAAAAAACAAAACGAAAUGAAUAUGAACGAAUUAAGUAAAAAGAAAAGAGCAUUUUUAUACGUUUUUGUGCUUAAAACAGAUAUAAAUAUAGAUAUAAAAAAUAAAAAUAAGAAAAAAAAAAUAAAAAAAAAAACAAUAAAUAAUAGUAAAAAAAAUAAAAUUACUUUUGUAAAUAAAUUAAAUAUAAAUAUUUCUUUUCCUCUUUUAAAUGUAACAAGUGGCUUGUUGUACAUAUGGAUUAAUGAACAACAUUUUUUAUUUAAUGUAAUAAGAAUUCCAAGUUUAUUUAAAUCUGUAUAUGAAUAUAAUAAUAGCUCGAAAUAUUAUUUCAACAUGUCCCGAGAUCACAAAUUUAGACUGAAAAGAAAUGAAGAUUUAAUAAGUCCGAUAGAAAAUAAAAAUAAUUCGAAAAUAGCUACGAAAAUGAAUAAAGUAAAAUUUAUAGUUAUGAGAGAAUAUUGUACAUAUAAUACAAUAGAUAUAAUGAAUAUUUUAUUAUUUUUUCAAAAUAUUAGUUACUAUCUAAAUUUGGGAAAAUGCUCAUGUAAAAAAAUGGAAAAACAUAUAAACAACAAACCAAAGGAACAUGCUAAGGAGGUUAAUACGGAUCUUGCUAGUAACUAUGAAAUUCACAAUAAUAGAAAACGUGAUUAUGUAGAUACUAGUCAACGACGUAUAAACGAUGACUCCUUGGAUAUUUAUUCACCAAUGAAGAAUGAAGCACAUAUUGAUAGUUCGAAAAGAGAAUCAUAUUAUUACGAAGAAAAAGAAACGAUAGGAAAUAAAAGAAUAGUAGAAAGUUCUCAUAUAAGUUAUAAUAAUGAAGUUAUAAAAUUGGAAAAUAAUUUGAAUGGAGGGAAUAAGAAAGAUAGAUAUAGGAAAAAAGGAAUGAAAAAAAAAUUAAAAAAUUCUGAUGAAACAUUGAAUAAAGCUUUGUGUGCAAGUGAUAAAAAAAAUUUAAAUGUGAAUUAUUGCCUGCACAGACAGAAAAAAAAAGCUAUAAGCAAAAAAAAUGUUAAUGUAAUUAUUGGAAGUAUGUCUAUAUAUAUUAAUAAUAAUGAUUUGUUAAUUUUGAAUUUGUUAAGAGAAGAAUUAGUAUUCAUUCAAAAAAAGUUGAAAGGUGGUAAAGUUGAAUAUUCGUGUAAAUAUAAUUAUAAUGGUGUAAUGAUAUCAUCGAAAUUUUCCAAAAAAAAAUGUAUAAAUAGCCAAAAAAAGAAAAAAAAAACAAAUGAAAAAAGCCUGAACAAUACAGAAAAAAAACAAAAUUCUAGCCAAAUAAUAAAAAGAAUGAAAAAUAAAAUAAAUAUUUCAGUAGAUAUGUUAAAAAUAUAUUUUAUGACAAAAUCUUAUGUACAUGAAUUAUUUUCAAUAAACAGUUUUAACAACAUAAUUAAAAUAGAGAAUAUAUAUAUAAAUAACAAGAUGAAAUAUUUACUUAUAUUUUUAAAUUUUAAUAAAAUAGACACAUUAACUGUUAUUGCAAAUGAUCUAGCUAAUUUUAUUUAUACAAAUUCAAUUAAAACAUCAUUUAUUGAGUCAUUUGAUUUGUCUUGCCAAUAUAUUUUGAAUAAGAAAAAGAAUAAAUUUUUAAUGCAUAUUAAAGAUGAUAUAAAUAUAAAUUUAAAUAAAAAUAUUAUAAAUUUUUUUGUUUUAUUUAAAUAUAAUUUUUUACAUGAUUAUUUUGAUUAUAAUGAAUAUGGUGUAUUUAAUCAGGUGGGUAACAAUCGUGAUAAUAGUAGAGUAGCUAUUGUGAAAGAUUUAAGAAAAUUUAUUUUUUAUGGAAAUAUAUUUUUGAGAGAAUAUGUGAUUAUUCGUAAUUUUACUUUUUAUAAUUUAAAAUAUGAAUAUGAAGAUAAUGUUGGUUAUAUAAAUAAGAAUGAAGAAAAUUUAAUAGUAGGAAAUAAUUUAUAUCUAUUAAAUAUCUACAUAAUUGAUGGCAAAACACGAGUAUGCAAAAAGAUUUACAUAAAACGGGCUAUACAAUCAAUAAAUAAUUCUAAUAAUAUUACAGGCGAUAAAGAUGAUGCAAAUUUUAUGGAAAAUAAUGAUGACAGUCUUCGUAACAACACCGAAAGGGGUACCAAUGAUGAUACUAAAAAUAAGUGUCGUCCAAUUUUGAAUGAAAAGAAUUAUCUUUAUAUUGAUGUGACUGUACAAGAAAAUAAAAAAUGUAUCAACAUAUAUCCUUACUUUUUUAUACAUGUAUUAUAUAGUAAUUUUUUGGAAAAAAAAAAAACAUUGAAUGAGCAUGAUGGAAGUAAAAAAGAGAUUUCAAAAAUGGAUAUCGAAACAAAUGAUUGGAUGAAAUUAAAAUUUAUUAAAGAAGAAUGUGUAAAUGCAUGUUUAAUAAAAAAAAAUGAAACACUAUUUAGUGUACCUUUUAAUCUUAUAAAAAAAUGUAAAUAUAUUCAGCUAGCUUUAAAAGAAGAUAAAAAAAUAUAUACAAGCAAUAAAAUUAAAUAUAAAAAUAUAUUUAAUCUUCCCAAAUAUGUGUAUAAAGAUAUUUAUGAUGUAGAGCAUUCAAUACGUUGUUCUUUUUUUUAUUUAUUUCGAAAGAAAGAGAAAAAAAUUCAAAAUUAUGAUAAAAAAAUGGAAGAAAAUGAUAGAAAUUUUAUUUCAAAAACUGAAAAAAAAGACGACGAAAUUGUGGAAAAUAAUUUGUCAAAAAUGGACGAAGAUAAUAACUAUUAUAAAUUAUUUAGUGUAAUGAAUAUUGUUAAAAAUAAUAUGCAUAUUAUAUCUAUAGAAAGUUGUAUAAGAAUUAUAAAUUUAAGUCCCCUUGAUAUAAAAGUUUUAUUGAAAAAAGAAAAAGGAAGUAUAAACACAUAUAGUAUAAAAAGUUUUAGCUAUAUAAAUGUUUAUGAAUUUAAUUUUUUAAAAAAUAUAAUUUUAAAUUUUUGUUUGAGUAUACAUAGGAAAUGGAUUGAAUUUAUAAAAAUUGAAAAUGAAAAUUAUUUUAAGGAAGCUCAAAAUGACAAAGGGACAGAAACAUUUUCUAAAGAGCAUUCUCCCCAAUCUAGUGAUAGUAAAAAAAGUCCAUGCCAUAUAAUAAGUUAUAAAAUAAUACAAUGUAAAAAUUUAUAUUUUCUUAUAUAUAUAUAUAUGUAUAAAAAUUGCUAUAACAUUGCAUUUGUAAGUAAAUAUAAUAUUUACAAUUUUACAAAAAAUACAUUAUACUACCAUUUAGUACAUAAUGAAGAAGAAUGUAGUAUUGAAGAGUUGAAGGAUUUAUCUGAAAUUGAAAAGCAUAAACUUAAAGAAAAGUUUAAUAUUUUAAAGGAACAUAUGUUUGUCUUGAAUCCACUAAUAGAUAAUGAGAUAAUAAUAGAUGACAAAAAUUUAAUAAAAAUAAAAAAAAAUAAAUUUUAUAAUUAUAGUAUAGAUGGACAAAACGCAGACAAUUUAAUAGACGAAAAAGAGAAUACAAAAAAAUGUAUUAAUAAUUAUUGUUUUAAUCAUAAUUUUGUUAUAAGUAAUAAUAGUUCUCGUAUUUUAAAUACAGAUGUUUCAAUUUAUGAAAUAAAUAAAUCAUAUAAUAAAAUAAUUAACCUGAACGAUGAAUAUAUAAAAAUAGAUAUAAACAUAGUUACUAUUCAUUCAUUUAGUAUAGUAUUUAUUCAAUUUUAUUCUCAUAUUAUUAUUGUAAAUUUAACAAAAUAUAAUUUAGAAUUAAGAUUAAAAAAUAAUGAAGAAUUAAAAAAAGGAUAUAAAGAUAUAAAUCGUGUAAAAAAACAUAAUGAAAUAAAAGAUGGUAAUUCUUAUGCCUCUUGUGAUAGUACAAAAAAUGACGAUAUAAAUUUUAGUGAUCAAUCUGAAUUUACUCUUUCUAGUGAUGAUGAAAUAAAUAAAAAGGAGGCUACAAUGGCUAGCUCGGAUAAUAAAAUAACAAACUAUUUUAAAGCAACCUCUCAAUUUUUUGAUACAACAACGAAAACACAUAAAAAUAGUAGAAAUAAUUACAACAUUUUAAAAAGCAUGAGUAUGAAGGAGUUAAAUAUGAAAGAUAAAAGUGCAUGGGAUUAUAUAAGUUUUAAAAUUCAUAACAAAGGAGAAAACAUUGAUAAUGAUGCGAAAGAUAAAGGGUACAAUAACUUUGAAAGAAUGAAUAUGACAAAAUUUGCAAGCUUUCAAAUGGUUAUUAACAGCCUUAAAAAAAAUCCAAAUUUUAACACCGGAGAGACAAGUAACUUUUCUGGGAAAAAAUAUGUACGAUGCAAGUACAUCAAAAUUAGUAAGAAUAUGAAUAAAUAUUUUUAUAUGUAUAAAUAUAAAGAAAUUGAAUCAUCUAAAAAAGGAGAGAAUAAUAAAGAAGAGAAACAUUAUGGAAUAAAAGAAAUGCUUUUUAAUAUAAGUUGUAUAGAAAUUAAAAAAACAAAUUAUAUAUUUAUAAAAAAGAUACCCCUUCUUCUUAAUUAUGAGAUGGGUUAUGUUCAAAAUGGAAUAACAAUACAAUAUGUUAGUAGUGAAUCUAGUAUAUCUGAUGAUUUUUAUGUUUUAAAAAAUGAGAAACAUCCUAUUGAAGUUUUAAAAAAUAGAAAAGCGAUAUCAUGCGAAUUACCAAGCAAGAGUCAUCAAGUUGGGAGAGAAUACAUUUUAAAGAAAAAAGAGGAACACAUACUUGAGAUUGAAGAAUAUGAAAGUUAUCAAAAAAGAUAUGAUGAGUUUAGAAAAUUAAACUUAGGAACAUUAUCAAAAUUAAAAAAAGAAAAUUUAAGUCUUAUAUUAAAAAGUUAUAAAGAAAUUGUAAAUAAUAAAAUUAUAAAAGAAGGGAAAAUAUAUAUAUUCAACAAUUUAAAUAUUCCAAUAUUUGUAAGUCCAGAUAAAUCUAAUUAUCUUUUUUAUAUAAAUAAGAAAUAUAUCCAUUUUAAAGAAAAUAAAUAUUUUUAUUUUUAUUUCCCUAAAUUUAUAUUAAUUAGUAAAAAGUUAGUUUUUCUAUUUAAGACAGAUAAUAAGUUACAUGAAUAUAGAGGAGUUAAAAAUUAUAUGAACAUAAUAAAGGAUGAUACAAUAUUUCAAAAUUUUUAUGUCAUGAAGUUAGUCUUACUUUGUAGUAUGGUUUCUACAUUUCAAUUUUAUUCAUUUGUUUUUUUGAAAAGAACAUUUUCUCCUAGACUUAAUGUAACAAAGAGAAGUUUAAGAACAAGUGGGAAAAGGAAAAGUAAAAAAGAUAUAAUUUAUUUUGAAUUAUAUUUAGUAAAAUUUUAUUGUGAUAUAAUAAUAAAUAAUAAUAACGAAAUAAAUAUCAUAUUAAAUGGAAUAAAUGAAUGGUAUUUUAUAAAAAAAAUAUUAUCAAUAAAUUAUUUUUUUAAUUUUUUAAAAAAUAAUAAGCUAGAUAAAUAUCCUAAAAGUAUAUCAAAUAUUACUUAUAUAAAUAAUAUGUAUGGAUUGAAUAGUAGUGAUUUAUUGAAUGUUAAAUGUUUUAUACAAAGUAUGAAUUUGCUUUUUAAUUUUGAAGAUAUUUCCACCAAUUCCGAAAAUUUACAACAAAAGAUAUAUAUAAAUAAGAUACAUUUAAAUUUCUACACAUUUCAAUAUAUUAAUAAUCGUGUUGUUGAUAAGAAAAAGCGAUGUAUUCAAUUCUGGGGUUGUCCCAACAAUCGGUCUACCUCUAAGACAAGUAGAAAAUCGAUCAAAGGACGAAUUAGCAAUACAGACGAAACAAAUGAAACAGUUGAUAAACGGGAUAUGAACGAGUUUGACGACUUAAGUAGUGGAUCAAUAAAAGAGCUCACUGCAGAUGAUUCAAAAAGUAUGAGAAGUAGUAGGAGAAGUAGUAGGCGAAGUAGUAGGAGAAGUAGUAUGAGAAGUAAUAAGGGGCUUGGUAAGAUGGUUGAAAAGGGACUAGUUUUAAAAGACAAUAAUGAAAUAUAUAAUAUGUAUAGCACGAUGAAAAAUAAAAUGUAUAGUCAUUAUAAUUCCUACAUGUUUCGAGACUACAGACGUAAUAAUAAGAUAUAUAAAAGUAUUUUUAAAUUAUUAAAAAGUAAUAUUGUUGCAGUAUGUUUUAAUCAGUCUGAUUUUUAUAAAAAAAUAUCAAUAACUAUUGAUAAUAUAAGUAUAAAAAAGGUUGAAUAUAAUUAUGUAAUUUUAACUAAAUAUAAUAAGAAUGAAAUUAUUUUAGAUAUAAAUAUAGAUCUAUGUAAACAAACUUGUAUGGAAUAUAAACAUAUUUAUAACACGUUAAAUAUAUUAUAUGCCUGUUCUUAUAUAAAUACGAUGAAUGCAGGUAAAAGUUUUGAGGAUCAGAAUAUAUACAAACUAAAGGAAAGAAAACUCUCUUUUUCAAAUAUUUUGAAUGAUAUAAAAAGGGAAGAGGAUGGAGAAAGUCCUAUUAUUAGUGCAGAGAAUGUAGAAGAAGAUAGGAUUAUUAAAAAAGAAAAAUAUAACAUGUUUAAUUCUAAUAACUUUUCACGAAAUAGAGAACAUGCUUUAUUAUAUAAUGCAUAUUAUUUUUAUAAAAAAAAUGGAAAAUUGGAAAAAAAUGCGAAUAACCAAAUUGAUAGUAAUAAUAAUGGAAAACGUUAUAAAGUAAAGAAUUUAUUAGAAUUUAUUGAGAAUAUAAAAAAUAAAAAAUCGGAAAAAAAAAAAAAAGAAAUAAAAAAUUUAUCUAUAGAUAUAGCUAGUCUUGCUUUGACAUUAGAUUAUAAUUAUUUUAUUAAUACAUUGCCAUUAUGUUAUGAUUAUUUUUGUACAAAAUUAAAAUGUUUAAACUCGGUAAGUAAAUUACAAAAUAAAGGAAGACUAAACUUGCAUAUGUAUUAUUAUUAUUAUUUAAAUAAGUUAGUUGAAAAAAAGAAAUUUGAAAAGUUGAAACAAGUGGAAAAGAUGGAAAACUAUUCUUAUACAAAUGAUUUAGUUAUAGGUAAACAAAAGAAAGAAAAGGAUUUCUUUUUAUUGUAUGUACAUAAUAUUAAUAUAAGGAAGACAAAGAUAUAUAUAAAUGUAAAUUAUUUAUUAAAGUUAUUUUUAACGAAGAAUUUUUUAAUGAAUAUAUCAGCUAUAAACAUUCAAAAUAAACAAAAAAAGAAUUUUAAACAUAUAUUAAAAAAAAUAAAGAAAAUAUAUUUUUACAAUUAUAUUAGUAUAUUUUUUUAUUUACUUAAAAAUAUAAAUAUAUCAGAACACUCGUCUUAUACAACAUUAAACUUUUUAACGGUGGUUGAAAACUUUUUAAAAAAUAAUUUACAAUUAUCGCCUUUACAAAAUUUAUACAGUUUAGUAGUUACAUUAAAAUAUAAAUGUGAAAACCAACUGGGUAAUAAAAAUAAUACACAAAUAGAUCAAGAUAGUUAUUCUAUAAAUAAAAAAAAUAUUAAUGAGUUGGUAAAUUUAGAAAAUAAUUCUCUUUUUAUCGUAUCAGAUAAAGAUAAAUAUAAUCAAGACAUUGAAGAUAGUAAUACAUAUUUUAAAAAUGGAUUUUUAUUUAAUUAUUCUAACAUUUUUUCGAUGAAUAUAUUUUCGAAAAAUACAACACAAAUAGCUAACCAGCCUGAAAUACACAAAAGUUUAAUGAAAAAAAUUAUGAGUUUAAAAGAGAGAGAAAAUACAUUUUCACAAAUGCAUGAAUCUUAUCAAAAUCCAGAUUUAGCAUCUAAUUCUAUUCAUACACAAUCUAGCCAAACCAAAUUUGAUGCCCCUAAUGCUAAACAUAAAGACAGUAGUAAGCCUGGAAAGGUUGACAAGAAAAAUAAGAGUAAUAAAAAACGAACCACCAGUAAAACAAAGAGAAAACGGGAUAAAAAAGCCAGUGUACAAAAUAUUACUCAUAUAUCGUUUACUCACAACUUAAACAUUAAGCAAUGA